AUGGGCGCCUCGACGUCCACGAUUCAAAAUGAACGAAAAGAAAAGGUAGAGAAGCUCUUUCGGCAGAACAAACGUUCGAAUCGGAGUCGAAGUUUGGAUUCGAGAUCAGAAAAAGCGAUUCGACCGAUCGGUUCCUCUCAAUCGGCCCGAUACCCAAAGCAAAGGGGAGCACCGAAUCAACGGAGAGAUUCGGCUGGUGGCACAAGCUGUGGCUUGUCGAUCGAGCAAAAACGCGCAAUCGAGGUGUGUUGGUUCAAAUUGUCGGAGAGACAGAUCCGGAAAUGUUCCGAGGAUAUUUUCCAGUCAAUUCUACAAACGGACGAGGAUUUACUGACAAUGUUUCGAUUGGAUAAUGUGCCCAAAGGAAAGAUUCGCGACUCGGAUUUCUUUAAAGCCCAAGCCGCCAACUUUGCGAUCGUUUUGGGUCUCGUUGUGACGAAUUUGCAAGAGAAUGCCGAUCAAGCUACAGAAGCGUUGAGGACAUUGGGCGCUCAACAUCUCAACUAUAACUCGAGGGGUUUUCAAAUGUAUCUCUGGGAUAUUUUCACCGAUUGCUUUGAGCAAAACUGCCCGACAACAUUUAAGAGUCGUUUCGAGCGCGAAUCUUGGUGUCAAAUGAUCCUUUAUAUUCUCCAACAGAUGAAAGUCGGAUACACAAAUGCGAAGAAAUUAUCCGAAAAUCGAUAUUUAACACCACCGAUUCGGGAA